GGGAGCGAUCAGUGCUCUUUCAUUGCGCAUGCGCGAAGGAUGGGGGUUAGAAAGGCGCAUGCGUUGUGCCGCGGGCUUGAGCGAAAUGUUUACGGAGAACAGUCGCCAGGGUGAGUUCGAACGGCCGGUGGUGCAUGCGCACUUGAGCGCUCCGCGGCCCCAGGCGGCAGAGGGGAAGAUGGCGGCGGUGGUACAGAAUGUGGUGAAGCUCCUUGGCGAGCAAUAUUAUAAGGACGCCAUGGAACAGUGCCACAACUACAAUGCCCGCCUGUGUGCCGAGAGGAGUGUCCGGUUGCCCUUCCUGGACUCGCAGACUGGAGUGGCGCAGAGCAACUGCUACAUUUGGAUGGAGAAGCGACACAGGGGGCCAGGCUUGGCAUCUGGCCAGCUCUAUUCCUACCCGGCUCGACGCUGGCGGAAAAGACGUCGCGCUCACCCUCCUGAGGAUCCAAGGCUUUCCUUCCCUUCCAUUAAACCAGACACUGAGCAGACCCUGAAGAAAGAGGGUUUGAUCUCUCAGGAUGGUAGCAGCCUGGAGGCCCUCUUGAGGACGGACUCUCUUGAGAAACGCAGCCUGCCCGACCCUCGCACCGACGAGGACAGCCUUGGCGAGUUUCCUGUUGCCAAUAGUCGUGCCCGGAAGCGGAUCCUGGAACCCGACGAUUUCUUGGACGAUCUAGACGAUGAGGACUAUGAAGAAGACACGCCAAAACGCAGAGGCAAAGGCAAGGCCAAGGGCAAAGGAGUUGGGAGCGCCCGGAAAAAGCUGGAUGCAGCCAUUUUGGAAGACCGAGACAAACCUUACGCCUGUGACAACAGUUACAAACAAAAGCAUACCUCGAAACCUCCUGACCGAGUUUGUGGGAAGCGCUACAAGAACCGUCCAGGACUGAGUUACCACUAUGCACACUCCCACCUGGCUGAGGAAGAGGGGGAAGACAAGGAAGACUCGCAGCCCCCCACACCUGUCUCGCAGAGAUCUGAGGAGCAGAAAUCCAAAAAAGGUCCCGAUGGAUUGGCCCUGCCCAACAAUUACUGUGACUUCUGCCUGGGAGACUCCAAGAUAAAUAAGAAAACGGGGCAACCCGAGGAGCUGGUGUCAUGUUCUGACUGUGGGCGAUCAGGACACCCUUCAUGCCUGCAGUUCACCCCAGUUAUGAUGGCAGCAGUGAAGACUUACCGCUGGCAGUGCAUCGAAUGCAAGUGCUGUAACAUCUGUGGGACUUCUGAGAACGACGACCAGCUGCUCUUCUGUGAUGAUUGUGACCGCGGCUACCACAUGUAUUGCCUCACCCCACCCAUGUCAGAACCACCAGAAGGAAGUUGGAGCUGUCACUUGUGUCUGGACUUGCUGAAGGAGAAAGCCUCCAUCUACCAGAACCAGAACUCUUCCUGAUGGGUGCCGGGCAGCAGAGAAGAAAGGGAGCUUGGGGGAGAAGCCUUCCACAGGCCGCUUACCUUGCCGGGCUGUUUUUCUCGGUUGAGUCUUUUCCCGUGCUGCCCUCCUAUCCUUGGUCACCGUCUCUUUCACCAGUCAGAUCGAGCCUCUGCUGGCUCUCUCCAUUGUUCUGUGCGCUGCGGUUUUUGGGUUAGAACUCCUUUCUCUCUCACUCUCGCUUAGCAGCUGCCCUGGGACUGAGGACUCUCCAUGCCGUUUCCUCGCUCGUCUCCAGUGCUCCCGACUGGCUGAGAAGCAGCAAACAGAGAUCAUCAUAUCUAGGGCCUUAAUACUCAAGGAGCGGGGAAGAAAGGAUCUCCCGACUAAGCUGGGUGAAAGCCUCGCAGUGCUUGCUGGGAGAAGGAGGGCUCCUUCCCAUCGUACUAACAUUGUGCUAGUCAGCUGACAGCUGAUUUGCAGGCUUCUGUCUCUCUGCAAGCGGAGGCAGCAGCUUUCAAAACCUUCAGCAAACAAAGCUGCCGCGAGCACCCUUGAUGUUAUCCAAAGGUUUGCAAGCUUCCUUCGUCCCUGCCUUGGUCACCUGUUCCUCCUUUUCCAUCAGAAAGCGGUUUUGUCCCCGGUAUGGGUAAAGUGGAUCCACUGCUGGUCUGGAGUGGCCUCCUAGACCCACAAGAAUCCUGGGAAAGCAUUGCCCGGUGGAAUACCCAUCUUUGGACUGUAGCGGUGUGAAACAGGACUUGGUUCAGGCAGGCGUGCAAACAGAGUGGCUUCUUUUACCUCAGUCGGGGAAGAUCUUUUGAGGCUUCCCUUUGUUUUGAUGGAGGCUGGAUCCUGACCCAGAGAACGCCCCCCUGCCCCCCCCAUUAACACAAACCACCAUUGCCACUUUUCUUGUUUUCACACGGACAGGAUUAGAUAUGUAUAUUUUAAUUGAGGAUCGUGUCUUAGGGAUGGGGUUGGAUUUGGGGACAGCCCUGUUUCCCUUGGAGCGGGGCGGUUUCCAGCACUUUCCGCACCCCACUUUAGCGAGCCUGUGGGUGUUGACCCCAACUCUCAGAUAGCAUAUCUGUGUGGUGGUGGAUUUUAAUCUGUUUUUAAAUCUUGGCGGAGUAUGUCCCGUCCUGGCAGCAUUUUAGAUUUUUUCCUACUCUUUUAUUACAUUUUUUUUAACCUUCCCCCACACGAGCAUCAAAAACUUCCGCCCCGCAGGAAGAUGGGAGACACUUGGAUGUACCUCUUGUGCCAGCCGCUCUUUUCCUCCCUGGAGCAGGGCCUGUUUGCGGGAGUUUGCUUCCUCCGCUCCGCAGCGCUACCGUCCUGAGCCUCCCUGGUCUCUGCCACCCUCCGCGUGUUGCACGCCUCUCUGCGGAGGUCGGCCACAGUCCUCGAGGGCUGCCUGUGUUGGCCACUGUCCUUUUUUUGUCCUAGCCUUACUUCACGCCUGCCAGCCAGAUCUUGGUUUUCCACACUCGUGUACGUAUCUUUGCGUGCGCAUGUGCCAGCAGGUGGAAGGCUCGUUUCCUCUUUCAGCCAUUGCUGCUCUACAGUGAGAAAUCAGCUAGAGCUGGCAUGCAUUCCCUUUUCAGGGAUGGGAAUUUUCUUCUGUGAUUCAUCACCCCUUCCCCAAUGCCAACCCCUCCCACCUUAGUGCUAAUAAUCAGUGCUAAUAACAAGUAACAUUUUAAAAGCCUUUCUAGGACAUCCCCCCAUCCCUUUUUUCUUUUCUUAAUGGCUGUUUUUCUCCAACCCCCCAGUUGGGGAGAUCUUUUUUCUCCGGAAUAGGGUUCUGUGUAAUAUACUAAUGAUGUGCCUGUUUUUUCUAAGAUCGACUUCAAACCUACCUCCAAAGCCCCUCCCCCACCCUCGGUCAUACAUUCUCCCGCGCCUCCCGGAAACGCAGCCAGCCCCUCUGCCCACAUCCCCUUUUCUUUGCAGAGGCAGCACAUAAAGUCUUGGCGGACUGGCCCAGCAGGGGGGGGGGGAUCUUUUUGAGUCUUAUUGCCGCACCGAGUUCAGAUCCAGCCCACGGUUGGGGACUGGAACCUGUUGACGUGGCUUCCCCCAAGGCCGGGAUUUGGGAGUGGGGUGAGGGCACCGGCAGCUCUCUAGAUGUUGUUGGAUUACACCUCCCAUUGUCUCCUUGCCUGUUGGCCUAGCUGAUGGACUGCAGGUAGCUGGAGUUCUCCUCCUCCCUGCCCUAAGGCUGGAACUGCAGGGCGGGGGCACCCUUGCCUUUGUGCUUGCUGCCCUGCUAGCUAGGGUAGCUCUUAGCAGGGCUGUGAUUGGCCUCUGGAGGAAGGUGGCUGUCAGAAAAGGGGAGGGCACUUUGGCAACUGAACGGAAUCUUUGCCGCCUCCACCCUCCUUUUGCUACGCCACGCAAACUGGAUGCAUUCAGGUUUCAAAACGGCCCACGAGUUCCUUUCCAUUUACGAGGGACAUCGAGAGAGGCCUCCCAAGUAGGCUGGGGAGACGAUGUGUCGUUUGUGCACUUCUAACUUUGGAUAGAACGCCCUCCCCCCUCAGGGCUUCAGCCCCACCAAGGGAAGCUGUUUGGGGUUCCUUAAUCUUGCACUUGCUUUCUCUCCUAUAACCGGCUGGGAUUGGGCGGGAGGGAACGGGCAGGGU